GUGGAUCUUUGGCAGGCUGGCAGAGGUCACACGGGAAAAGAAGCAGACAAGAAGGUGUUCAAUUGAAACACUGUGGUCAUACCUCCUUUGACCUCUCAUUUGUUUGCUUCGUCUUGUGGCUCCAAUCAGCUUUUCAAUGGCCUCGCCGUGCCUCAGUACUGUGCUGACAAACGCCAACCUCACCAUGUACCAGACUGGCAUCCCUGAUAUGUUGAUGACAGGCAUCCAUACCCAGCAGAACGGUAACCUGGGAUACAACGCCAACGUUGGCGAUCAGUGGUUUGGUCACAUGAACCCCCUCAAUUGGACAGCAGACCACGUUAUGGAGUGGAUCAGCCACCAUGUGGAACGCACCAAGUUUGAUGCUAGUACCCUGAGUCUGGCCUUCUGUGCCAUGGACGGCCACACCUUGUGCCAGAUGAACCUGGAACAAAUGGUCAGUUUCUUCGGCCCUCAGCUUGGUCCCCUACUCCACCAAAACCUGCAAGAAGACAGAGCCAAAUAUGAACUGCGGAGCCUUUCAGGACCUGAGCUGACCGAGACCUGCCAGCUCUUGAAUAAGUACCUACACAACUUAAACAGCCCGGAUAAUGAAACCUUCCCUCUGCUGAGCACCAUCAAAAUGGGUCAAGCAGGUGAGGACUGUUUCAUCAAGCAAGAAUUUGACUACGGGGAUAACCAUGACCUGUUCAGCUUUACAAUGGAGACCAUGACCCCACUAGGAGACGAGUACCUGUCUGACAAUCAGUCCGAUAGCGAGUGCAGCUUCUCGUCCAAUAGCAACCUGUUUGUCUUUUCCAACCUGGGCUCACCAGAAUCUGGCAGUGGAGAAUCAGACCCGGAGUUCUCAUACCCCAUGAUAUCAAAGUCGCUGAUCAAAAAGGAGAAAAUCGAGGUGAAGCGACCACGAGGCCGACCCCCGAAAGCGAACAGGGAAUACGGCUGCAACAUUUACGACCCUUCAAAGAAGAACAAACAUACGCCUCGUAGCACUCAUCUUUGGGAGUUCAUCAGGGACAUUCUCAUCCACCCGGAAAAGAACCAGGGCCUGAUGAAGUGGGAAGAUCGCCGUGAAGGCGUGUUUAAGUUCCUGAAGUCCGAGGCCGUGGCUCAAAUGUGGGGCCAGAAAAAAAAGAACAGCAGCAUGACCUAUGAGAAACUCAGUCGUGCUAUGAGGUACUACUACAAACGAGAAAUCCUUGAGAGGGUGGAUGGACGGCGGCUUGUGUACAAAUUCGGAAAAAACUCCACCGGCUGGAAAGUGGAAGAGAUUGGAAUGAGCAUGUGAAAGUUCUCUGGACACGUCCGUUGGAAUCAAAAGGCCAAUCAGUGCAGGAGUUUGGGAACUUGUAUUACUCGUUUGUCCUGUCAAGGGGAAAAAUCAACAUGUUAAGACACUAACUUCCUAUUUAAAGGAAGGUGUUGCAGAAAAUGUAAGCCAGUGUUUUUGGCUCUCGUAGGUUUUAUGAACCAUUUUGCUUUGCGUGAUUGGCACUACCGAUGUGUGUGCUGUAACUAGAUUGGAUUGUUGUUGCUUUCUUGUUUUGUUCUCUUGCAUCAUAGGAGCAUCUCAGUAGAUUCCAAUACAUAAAAAUAAUGAUUUCAUUCACAACAUUUUUUUUUUCAAUACUGAGGGGGGCUUGGCAUUUUAAAUGUUGACAGUAUUGGAAAAUCGAUUCACAUCUGAACCACAAUUCAUAUUUAGAUUGUGAAUUGAUUCAUAAUUUUUAAGAAUCGAUUAAAACUAUUUUAUUUUUAUUUUAUUUUUUUAUCCAUUUUUUAAAAUAAUUUUUUCAGCCCAUCUCCAUGCUUACUUGCUGCACGUAUCAUUUAUACCAAAUGAUACAAUGCAAUAAUCGAUUCUUAAUCGAAUCGUCAACCCCAAGAAUCUGCAUCGAAUCGUGAGUGGUUGUAAGAUUCACAUAUUCCUAAUAUUCACAUUAUAUGAGAUACCGAAUUUGAGGGGUUUGGCUAAAGUUAAAGUUAAAGUACCAAUGAUUGUCACACACACUAGGUGUGGCGAAAUCUGUCCUCUGCAUUUGACCCAUCCCCUUGUUCACCCCCUGGGAGGUGAGGGGAGCAGUGGGCAGCACCGGUGACCGCGCCCGGGAAUCAUUUUUGGUGAUUUAACCCCCAAUUCCAACACUUGAUGCCGAGUGCCAAGCAGGGAGGUAAUGGAUCCCAUUUGUAUAGUCUUUGGUAUGACUCGGCCGGGGUUUGAACUCACAACCUACCGAUCUCAGGGCGGACACUCUAACCACUAGGCCACUGAGUUGGCCCUACGCUCAGCGAUAUCAAAAAAAUCUAUUCUUGAUUCUUGAAUAAGCCAAAUAAUGUUUUACCCCAACUGCGAUACCCCUGUAUAUAUAUUUUUUCAGUAUUUAGAAUUAUUCAGCGUACAUUUUAUUUUGCUCCAUGGUACACUACAUGCAAAGAACAGAAGACAGCAAGGACAUAAUUUGAAAUGAAUAAUAUUGCACCAAUGUGCUCUACGUCUUUUAGUAUCACUUAUUAUAAAGUGCAUUACACAAUGUUUGGAGGGGAACGAAGUGGUAAGUUUAUCACACUAGUAAUAUAUUUAUAUGUAUAUAUAUAUAAUAAUCUAUAAAUAUGCAUGUAUAUGAACGCCUCUUCUUGACAUCUUGAUGUAUAAAUUGUUAUAUUUUUUCAUUUUUAUACAGUACAGCAUAU